AAGGACUUUCUGUUACUUUUCAAGUCACUACAUUUUGUCAACAUCCUUAUGUGUUUUAACAGGGUGUGGUCUAACAUGAAUGCUCUUUGUUUCUUUUAUUCCAGGGAUUUGCAUAGAGCAGAUAGCGCAAACAAUCCUUAUGCCACCAAAAUUUCAUGUUAAUUAUUUCUUGAUUUUUUUUAAAUUUAUUUUAGGCAAUUCAUAAUCUCUAUUGAUUUAGGAAAUUCUUUGUCCUAAUAGAUUUGGAAAAAAUAAUUGUCCUUGUCGAAUUUGGAGUCUUUUUCUUAUAAAUUUGGGAUCAUUUGAGAACUAUAUAUAGGGGAUGUAGUUGCGGAGGAGAUUCUAAAGCAUUAUGCACACUUUUUCUUUUAUAGUGAAAAACUCUCUCGGCAUUUGCUUGGAGGAUUAGGCCUAGCCGAACCUUGUUAAAUCUUUGUGUUAUUUUUCUUCGCUAUUUAUUUGUUUGUGGUUGUGUACUAGUGAACCCACAAUAUUUCUGCAACAAUUGACAUCAGAGCAAUGUUGAGAAUUUUACACAUUAUCAAGGGUUAAGAUGUCUUCAUCAUCUUCAACAAAGAAUGAAAUAGAAAAAUUUGAUCGAAGAUCUAGUUUUAGUCCGUGAAAGAUUAGAAUGAGAUCGCCCCUAGUGUUACAAGGGAUAUGCAACGCAAUUGAGGGAGCUUUUCUAAAACAAUUGAAAUAAUCAGAGAAAGCAGACCUAAAGGAAAGGGCUUUGAGUGUAAUUUUUAUGAACAUUACAGAUAACGUUUUUGGGAAAUUGCUGAAGAGGAAUUUGCAGCAACCUUAAAGAAAAAGUGGAAAGACCUGUACUCUACAAAAUUGCUGAUAAACGGCCUCUACUUGAAAAAGAUGUUGUAGGAUCUUCAUAUGAAUGAAGCAAAUACAGGUGAGGUUCAGUAAGAAAGCAGAGCACAAGACCAAAGACAAAUUAUAUACAUUUGGACUUGUGGGGUCCCAACAGAAUUUCGUCUUAAAGUGGUGCCAAGUACUUUAUGACGUUGAUGGACGAUUACUCAAGAAUGGUAUGGGUGUAUUUUCUAAAAUUAAAAGAUAAGUCAUUUUUGACAUUUGUUAAAUGGAAGACGAUGGUUGAGAGAGACUUUGAAAGGAAUGUUGAGCGUCUUCGGCGGUCAAUGGAGUAGAAUUUUGCAACAUAGAGUUCAUUGGUUAAUACAACACAGAGGACAUAGCGAGACACCACUGCUAUGUUGGAACACCACAACAAAAUGAUAUUGCAGAACAUAUGAAGAGAACACUUUGUGACAGAGCACGAAGUAUUCUUUCACACUCAUGUGUUAGCAAGGAUUUUGGGCUGAAACAAUCAUUAAAACUUCUUAGUUGGUCAAUAGAUCUCCAUCCACUGCUAUUGAGUUCAAAACUCUAUUUGAGGCCUCAAAUAACUACGAAAGACGUGGCAUUUCGUACAUCAUGGCUGAUGAUGAACCAAAGUCCCUUGGAAGGUGUUCUGUCUUUACUUAUGGUGUGGGGCAUAUGCUGAAUGAUAUAACAGCUGCAUGUUGGUAUACAUAUCUCUUGCUCUACUUGACAGAUAUUGGAUUGUCCCCAAGCAAUGCCGCUACAGUUACACUUACUGGCCAGUUUGCUGAUGCAUUUAUGACCAUAAUAGCUGGUGAACUGAUAGACAGGUUUGGUCAUUUAAAAUUAUGGCAUGGCAUGGGAUGCCUGUUAGUUGCUGUAUCUUUUACAUCACUCUUCGGUGGUUGCCUCCCUUGCAAAAUUCUUGGCUCUGAUUCACCCAUUGUUCAAACUGCUGGUUACUGCAUAUCUGCAGUGAUCUUCUGCAGUGGGUGGUCUUGCACACAGAUAUCACACAUGUCGAUGGUGAAUGGAGUCACUCUGAACCCAACAAGCAGAGUAGCAUGUGUUAGCUGUCGCAAUGCUUUUACAAUGAUUGCAAGCCUAAUCUUAUAUGCGAUCGCGUUGUUUAUCUUCAAUAAGAAAACUUCUAGCUCACAGGUUGAAAUUAAGAAUCAGUACCAAUUCAUGGCUUAUAUGUCGAUUUUCAUUGGAGCAGUCUUUGUGAUUAUAUUUCAGCUUGGAACUAAAGAGCCAAGUCUAAAACAAGAAUCUGAUGGGAAACGUGCUGCAGCGUCUUGGAGAUACUGGUUGAAGAAAGUCCCAUAUUACCAAGUACUUAGCAUCUAUGUGUUAACUAGAGUUGUGACUAAUGUUUCUCAGACAUUCUUAGCUGUUUAUGUAAUCAAUGAUCUACGGAUGAGCCCAUCUUCGAAAGCCUUGGUUCCUGCCAUCAUCUACUUAACCAGCUUCAUCACAUCUGUCCUCCUCCAGGAGCUCAAAUGGAGUGGUGAACGGUUGAAGGCCUUCUUUUCCGCUGGGGGUCUCCUUUGGCUAUUUUGUGGAACUUCAGUAAUUUUCCUCCCAAUAAACAUGAACGCUUUUAUGUAUGUCUUGUCGGUACUUAUUGGCAUAGCAAAUGCCUUGAUGAUGGUAACAGCAAUUGGAAUGGAAAGUGAGCUAGUAGAUAAAGAUCUUGAUGGAUCUGCUUUUGUUUAUGGAUCAUUGGGCUUUAUUGACAAAGUUCUAUGUGGAGUGUUUCUGUACUUUCUCGAGUCAUAUGAGAGAAAAGAUCCUGUUGCCUGUGAUCCAGCAUAUCCUUGUUUCUCCGUUACACGAUUUUCUCUAGGUUUCAUUCCAGGGAUUUCAUCCUUAAUUGGAGUCAUAAUCGCAUUCUUCAUAAGAUCCCACACAUCCCAUCCUAAGACAUCGACAGAACCCCUCUUGGCAUAGCUCUCGAGGAGUAAUGUGCAAUAAAUUCAAGGUACUUCAUUGAUAUGGGAAGAGGAUAAAUGACAUAGGCCAGUAGUUCAAGAUACUGCAAAAUGCAACAUGCAUCUUAUUUUUUCUUCGUUGAUGCGUUUGUUUGGCCAAUUUGUUCUGAAUUCAAGUUUGAGUUAUGUUGUCAGUGAUGUACUUUUGAAUAUUUAGUAUUGUUAUUAUUAUGAAAAUAAUAUUGCACGGUGGCCGAUUAGUUCGA